AUGGCUAGCAUGCUGGUUGUGUUGAUAGAGACAAUGGGGAGGGAGCUGAAACCUAAGGAGCUCGCAAGUUUGGCACUGGUGAAUCACGAACUGCACCGCCUAGUCACUCCGAAUCUAUACCACACCUUGCGCUUUCACAGUUCAGGCCAGAUAACAAGCAGAGACCGUCUCUUGCUGAUGCUCGAUAUCAUGUCGGAUUCGUCCUUUGAUAAGACGAAGUUCACCAGAAUUGUCAUGGUAACAGGGUCCUGGUACCAGACUUACGACGCUAUCGAUUCGGACCUCGGUCCCCAGGGUGUCCUCUCUCCUGCAGCAAGAAUGUUGAGCGCACUUGUUGCAUGCUGUGUGGAUAAAAUGCAGUACUUGAAAGAGUUCAUCUGGGACCUUCAAGUCUCCAUCACCGAGCGGUUGGUUGCAUCCGUGAUAGCGCGACCUCACCUCGAGAGAUUGCAAUUACGACUGGGCACUAAUUCUACGCCAAAGCCGUAUUUCCACCCAGUGCUCGGCUUCGAUAGGCAUAUCAAUGUUCAGUCACUGAACCUUGUACAGAUUGAUAACCAUGCCGUUUUAGAGUCCUUUGCUGACGCCCCUCUCUUUGCAAGUAAACUCAAAGAACUCACACUCUGGGCAGAUGCAGAUAGUGAACUCUCGGUGGAACCACUUCUUUCCCGCUGGCGAGAUCAAAGGCAAAGGUUUCCACUUACAGCUCUUGAUUUCAGGGGCUUCUCAGACCUUGGGUGGAGUCCCGCUUCGGUAUGGAAUUGCAUAUGUUCCUCGACAUUGAAGGAUCUGACCUUUGAGAUCGGCCCAUCCUUUCAGGUGUCGGACUGCAACGAAUUCUGGUCGUCAGCCAUGGAGGCUGGGUUGCGACCGUCACGGCUCUCAACCAAUCUUCUGGCAUCUGGUCUGAUAGAGUUCAUCAGUUCCUUCAGCGGCCUUGAAGCCCUCAGCAUCAUGACUUGCGACCCCAAUCGUCCAGUGGAACCACUUGGCCCUCUAUUGAAUUUUCUGCAGCGACAGCAUUCAAAUACACUGAAGGUUCUCGGCAUUUGCCCGCAGGAGCAUGAAGACUAUCUCCUAGACGCACAGAUGGUCUCAGAGCAUAUAUUAGCGUGUCAUAAAAUUGAAGAACUCCGGUUUGGACCUCGACAGCCUGACAUAGCACCUAUACUCAUGGUAUUAGAGCAUCUGAACAGAUUGCCGAGUCUGCAGAUAGUCGGCCAGAUGGGCUUGGCGCAGAACCAGGAGUACGUGCAAAACGUGAUAUCCUAUGCCUUGGAACAUGGGAUUGGCAAUAACCUUAUAUACGUCGCCUUCGAUGACGGCCCAGUCUACAUGAUUAACCGGACGAUGUCGAUUGUGUGGUUAAAGGUAAAAAACACGGUCGGCUAUAUAGAGGACUCUGUCCUUCUUCAUGAGAAGCUUUUCAGCUGGGUAUCUCGUGGUACUUAA